AGCCGGGAGGGGCCGCGCCGCCCCUGAGAGUCAUUGGAGGACCCGGUGGCCCGAAGCUGAUAAAUAAGGGCCCGGCCCGCGGCUUCGGGCCAAGUUGGACGUCGCGACCUGAGUGAGGGCCAGGUCAUCGCCGGCCCCACGAGGCGAAGCCAAGUGUCCCCACGUUCGGCCAUGGCCUCGCUACUGGGAACCUACCCGUGGACCGAAGGACUGGAGUGUCCCGCCCUGGAAACCGAGCUGUCGGAUGGACUGUCGCCGCCCGCCGUCCCCCGACCUCCAGGGGAAAAGGGUUCGGAGAGCCGGAUCCGGCGGCCCAUGAAUGCCUUCAUGGUGUGGGCCAAGGACGAGAGGAAACGCCUGGCCGUGCAGAACCCAGACCUGCACAACGCGGAGCUCAGCAAGAUGCUGGGAAAGUCGUGGAAGGCGCUGACGCUGUCGCAAAAGAGGCCCUAUGUGGAUGAGGCAGAGCGAUUGCGCCUACAGCACAUGCAGGAUUAUCCCAACUACAAGUACCGACCCCGCAGAAAGAAACAAGGCAAGCGCCUCUGCAAACGUGUGGACCCUGGCUUCCUCCUGAGCUCCCUCUCUCGUGACCAGAACGCGCUGCCUGAGAAAAACGGCGUUGGCAGGGGUACACUGGGGGAGAAGGAGGACAGGGGUGAGUACUCCCCAGGCACUGCCCUGCCUGGACUACACAGCUGUUACCAUGAAGGUGCGGCUGGUGCCCCUGGCAGUGUGGACACAUAUCCCUAUGGGCUACCCACACCCCCAGAGAUGUCGCCCCUGGACGCGCUGGAGCCUGAGCAGACCUUCUUCUCAUCCUCAUGCCAGGAGGAACAUGGCCACCCCCAUCGCCUCCCUCACCUCCCAGGGCCCCCUUACUCGCCAGAGUUCACGCCUAGUCCCCUCCACUGCAGCCACCCUCUAGGAUCUUUGGCUCUUGGCCAGUCCCCAGGGGUUUCUAUGAUGUCCUCUGUUCCCGGUUGUCCCCCAUCUCCAGCCUACUAUUCCCCUGCCACCUACCACCCUCUUCAUCCCAACCUCCAGGCCCACCUGGGCCAGCUCUCCCCACCUCCUGAGCACCCUGGCUUCGACACCCUGGAUCAACUAAGCCAGGUGGAACUUCUGGGAGACAUGGAUCGCAAUGAAUUUGAUCAGUAUUUGAACACUCCUGGCCACCCCGAUUCUGCUGCAGGGGCUGGGACCCUGAGUGGACAUGGCCCACUCUCCCAGGGGACCGCAACAGGCCCCGCAGAGACCAGUCUCAUAUCCGUCCUGGCUGAUGCCACGGCCACAUACUACAACAGCUACAGCGUGUCAUAGAGCCGGAGGCAUGGAGCCUGGCCCAGCCCUGCCGUCCUCUCCUCGGUCUAAAACACUGAACAGAGCAGAAACUGUAAUGUCACCAUCUCAUGGUGGCAGGAGGUCAGAACUGCUGUCCCAGAACCUUCGGUGGAAAGCCAGGAUCCAGCGCCCCCUCUGUCCCUUCAAAUGUGUUCCGUUGGCUUCACCCCAGAAGCACCGCCUCGAGGAGCUAAUGCAGCGGGACUUCCUGGCCAGUCUUCUAUCUGCUGCCAUCAGUGUAGCUGAUGGUGGGAAGCCCAGUGCAUUGGAGUUCCUGCCUCUAAUCCGUGGUGCUCCCAGUGAGAAGGACCCUGGGUCUGGGGUCCAUCUCAGUUCAGGCUCUAACUGGCAAAACCCCAUUCUGGCUUGACUAGCCUUAACUGUUCUCUCCUGUAAAGUGAGGGUUGGCUUGAUAGCCAAGCCCCUGCUCUAUGGAUUCCUGAGUUAUGGUCCUCUCAAGGGCAAGGAGAGUGUGAGCCCAGGAAUGGGCAGACUCAUGGGGACUUCAUGUGUACUGCCCAAGGGUCCAGGUUUUCUGCUUUCCUGUUUCCUGGUCCACAGUCACCCUGGAAUUCCAAAGGAACUCCUCCAAUUGAGGAAAACACUUACCCUUGGGUGGACAAGAUGGCUCGGGAUGGCUCGGUGUGUGAAAGUGCCGGCUGCCAAGCGUGAUGACCGACAUUCUGUCCCUGGAACCUGCAUGGUGGGAGGGGAGAACUGACUCCUGAAGUUGUACUCUGACCUCCAUGUGCACGCCCCAACAUAUGUGUCCCCAAAUAUAUGUGUGCUCGAGCAUGCUCACACACAUUCUCACAAACACUAAACAAAAUUUUUUAAAAAAGAAAACAUACACCCUGGUUCAGGAAACUAAUGAGUAUGUUCAACUGUAUCACUGAAAGCAAAAUCAGAUUCAAAGUUGUUUUUUUUUUUUUCUCUCCUGAGACAGGGUUUCUCUGUGUAGCCUUGGCUGUCUUGGAAUUCCCUUUGUAGACCAGGCUGGCCUCAAACUCAAAGCCUGCCUCUGCCUCCUGAGUGCUAGAAUUAAAGGCGAGUGCCACCACACCCAGACUUGAAGUUUUUUUUGUUGUUGUUGUUAUUGCUGUUUGUUUGCUUGCUUUUUUGUUUCGUUUUUAAUAUAUACUCUAGAUUCAUUUUUUAUUUUUGUUAUGUACACUCCGGGAGACUACAGUGUGAAAGAGAUGCCCUUAUGCAGGCCUGCCCCGCCCCCCAGGGUGUGUAGUCUGAUUUAGAGUCUUCUCAACUGUAACAUUGUCUCACCACCUCCCUGCUGAAUGACCCAACAAGCUAAGAAGCUAAAAACACUGUUCACAAAGCAGCAGCAUCCGGCUGUGCUGAUCUCUCUAGCAAAGUCGCACGGCCCUGUCUGUAGAUGCAACGGAGACUCCCCUCCGCCGUCCGCUGCUCCUCAUGCUUUCCUGGAGGUUUUUCUUCUCCUCUCUGUUACUCGCCCUCUACUUCAAACUGACCCCCAAUUCAAAGGACCCCUGACUUGAAAUCCCAGGCAUGCGUCCCCUGGCUGUGAGGGAAACUCAGUUCUUGCUCUUCAAGUGGAUGUAUCUGGGCAGUUCCCCUGCCCCACCAUCCUUUGGUGGUCCCAAACAAACACACUGUGACAUCCAAAGAUGUUUCUGAGCUCUGAUCCCACCCUGGACAUUUCCAUCCCCUAAGCCUCCUUUGAAGGAACACACCUAACACUGAGCUAACGGACUCUUGUCUGUCCUUGAACACGUGUGUAUUAUUACCUUUAUGAAUGUGUUUUUAUAUUCUACUGUUUAUCUCCAUCUUAUACUUUGUAUUGUUGACGGAUCCCCCCUCCCAGAAGUCUUAUUAUAAAAUCACUUAUAAGAUAUACUUAAUCUUUAUGUUAUUGCUGUAUAUACCAUGUGGUGAUAAAUAGUGAAUAGCUGAUGAUAUGAUCGACUGGUGCCCAGUCUCAAUGUGCAUUAAUAAUCUUGUAAAGCAGUAUCACAGACAUUAAGCUACCCUGUUCUAUUUUUCAAGAAAACUACAUAUGCAUGGAACAGUUAUGAAUAUUGAUUUGUCAAAAAUGUUUAAUUUAAAUAAAUGUUUUUGUACCUUGA